AUGCUCCUGACCUUCGACACAUGUGCGCAGUUCUCUCUUGAAGAUGAAAACAAACGAACCCGGACCGCGUACACGAGAGGCCAGCUGCUGGAGCUGGAGAAAGAGUUCCACUUCAACAAGUACAUCUCUCGACCGCGCCGCAUCGAGCUGGCCGCCAUGUUGGCGCUCACGGAAAGACACAUCAAGAUCUGGUUCCAGAACCGGAGAAUGAAGUGGAAGAAGGAUGAAGCCAAACGUCGGCCGAGGGACAGGUCUACGUCCGAGGAUGGGGCCCUCUCCCCGUCCACCCCGCCGUCGCUAGGAGACGAACUGGACGCGGCGGGAGAGGACUCCAAGGAUGACGUCAUUCUGAAGAGGAAGUUUGAUGAUGUCAUUUCCGGGGUGGAGAAAGAUGGCGGGGGAAGCGGGAGCGGCGAGGAAGGGGUGAAGGACGAACCUUUGUCUUCAGGAAAAGAUGUGGUCUCGUCGUCACCAAAUUACGAUUUCAGCUCCUUAACACCCGCCAUUAAGCCUGAUGUGGAGGAUAAAGUCAAGUGA